GGACCAAUAAAUAUGAAGUCCAGCCUUACGCCCUCCACUGGAGCUGUUUGAGAGGCGCCGUGAAUGUUUACUGUCUAAUUCACUAGUAGUCGAUGGAAUCGUGGCAAAAUGGAGUUCUUACUAGGAAAUCCAUAUAGUACUCCAGUGGGACAAUGCAUUGAAAAAGCUACAGAUGGCUCCUUACAAAGUGAAGACUGGACUUUAAAUAUGGAGAUAUGUGACAUCAUCAACGAAACAGAAGAUGGACCUAAGGAUGCCAUAAGGGCUGUAAAAAAGAGACUUAAUGGUAAUAAGAAUUACAGGGAGGUGAUGCUCACAUUGACAGUCCUUGAGACAUGUGUGAAGAACUGUGGUUAUCGUUUCCAUGCCCUCGUCACCAAUCGUGACUUUAUCGACGGCGUUCUGGUUAAGGUCAUAUCUCCAAAAAAUAACCCUCCGGCCAUAGUGCAAGACAAAGUGCUGGCUCUCAUUCAGGCUUGGGCCGAUGCUUUCAGGAGCAGUCCAGAUUUGACAGGUGUGGUCCACGUCUAUGAGGAAAUGAAAAGGAAAGGCAUAGAGUUCCCAAGGUCAGACCUGGAGACGUUAUCGCCAAUCCACACUCCGCAGCGGUUGCAAGGCGCUCCCGAGGGGGAUAUCAAACCCUCUGCUCCAUCCCAGCCCAAAGCUCAGCCCAACCCUGCCCCUGUCCCUGCCUACUCUGCUCCCCUGGCCCACACACCCCCCCAGAUCCCAAACCUGCACGUGGCUGGGCCCAUUAACCCCACUCCAGAACAGAUUUGCAGGCUGCGGAGUGAGCUGGAUAUUGUCCGUGGGAACACUAAAGUAAUGUCAGAGAUGCUGACAGAAAUGGUGCCUGGCCAAGAGGACCCGUCUGAUCACGAGCUCCUGCAGGAGCUGAACAGGACGUGCCGGGCCAUGCAACAGAGGAUAGUGGAGCUGAUCUCCCGUGUGUCCAAUGAGGAGGUCACUGAGGAGCUACUGCAUGUCAACGAUGAUCUCAACAACAUCUUCCUGCGAUAUGAGAGAUACGAGAGAUUCCGGUCUGGUCGAGCUGGUCAUGGUGUCAAUAACGGGCUGAGAGAGGUCCUGAGCGAGGCUACCGAGGACAACCUGAUCGACCUGGGCCCAGGAUCUCCGGCAGUGGUCAGCCCCCGCAUCAGCGCCACGCCCCCCUCCGCCCUGCCGGCCUCUGUGGCCGCCGCCCGCUCAGCCUCCCCUGCCACGCUCUCCUCCAGGCUGGCCGGCCUGGAUGUGGGUGCUGACAACGUUAGCGGUACGCUGAGUUCUCUGAACAGCUGCCCGCCGCAGGACGACUUUGACGUGUUUGCCCAGGCUAGGACCGGCACGUUGUCUGACCAGCGCAAAAAUCCACCGUUGGAAAACCCACAGGCUGCAAGUGAAGCGCCUCCUACUCUCGAUCUCAGGCAAAAUCUCUCUGGAGGGGUUUCUCUUGCCCAGUCCUCUGUCAUGGAUGACAUUGAGGAAUGGCUCUGUACCGAUGUGAAAGGCGAUGAAGGAGAAGAUGGUGUGACGAGUGAAGAGUUUGAUAAGUUUUUGGAGGAGAGGGCUAAAGCUGCCGAUAUGGUCCCUACCCUCCCGGCGCCCCCUAGUGGAGACCCUGCCACCACAGUGAGCUCCUCUGUAAGUGCUGGAAAAAAGGCGGACAGGCCCGAGGACGCGCUGUUUGCCUUGUAGGAGCCUGAGCGCCCCAGCAGCCCUGCCUGCGCCGAGUCAGCUGGCUCGCGGGCCUCCCUCUCUUCUGCUUCCUGCAUUAUCACACAAGCGACCAUAUGGCGGCUGCCUCCUAUGCAUUUUGUAUUCUUGGAUGUAAACAGACUGGCUUUGUUUGUUUGUUUGCUUUUGAAGGUAUCCUAAAGACGGACAUUUUCAUAUUAGACAUUUUCACAAGUUGCAAAGUUGUCAUUCUCGUUAAAUGCCUCGCCCCAGAAACACACCCCUUCUCUGCGUGCGUGUGAGAGGUCAUUGUCAUACCUCAUUAACAUUACCGAAGCACAUGGCAGCAAUUUGUUUUAACUUGCCAGGAUCCUGUUGUGCACACAGUAGGGAGGCGGUUCCUUUUUUUUAACCACUUUUUCAAAAGCGUUUUUUUUUCCACCCCUAAUUUCCAGAAUCUUUAAAGAACUUUGAAGAUGUUAUUUUCUUUCUUGAGUUGUCUUUAGAUUCUUGAACUGGAUAUUUAGCAACAGCCUUUGUGUUGUUUUAGCUGCUGCUAGUACAACUCUAAAGUUUCCAUUUGGCAGGUGCCACUAAUACCUCCACAAAAUCUUAACUUUUGUGAGAUAAAUUGACCUUACAUUGUUUUAGCUGAGUAUCUCUCAUGUAUUGUAAUGUACCUGAAGGGCUUAGUACCACAGGGAAGAUGUAGAGUUGUCUUCACCUUUUUUUUUUUUUUUUUCAGGAAGGGGCUAUUGUAUUUCAGCAGGUUUCAUUUAAUCUAUUAUACAAUAUGUGAAAAAAUUUGGAUUAGCAUUUUUUUUCUUUUACAUGCAAGGUCUGCAUCAUACGUGUGUGAUUAUUCAGUACAUAAACAAGGGUGUCUGUUAAUUAGUCUCCAUCUGCCUUGAACACUGCUGUGUUUUGGUGUCCUGCAAGGUGAGAAGGGAUAAAGGACAGAAAAGUGAUUGUUUUGGCAAAGGAUGUCAUGUCUGUGGCUGUUAACCUGAGUAAGAGGUUGAGACAUCUCUGAGAAACACUAAGCGUGGCCAGCCAUCAUUUUACCUGUAAAAACUCUUGGAGAAUCACAAAGAAAUCUAAUGUUAAUAUGUAUAUUUUAAUCUAAUUUGCACUGAAACAGUUAUUGGUCUUUUAGGUUGUAGCUGUCGUUCGUUUAAAUGCUGCCUAUUAUGAGAGAUGUAUUCCAAGUAAAUGGAGUUCAUUUGAAACCUGAUGGUGACUGCAAGGCAGUUUAAAUUGGAUUUUCCCUUACACAACUUAUUCAGGAAUGAUGUCAAGCUCACUGUUGUUGGGGAGUGAAAUGGAUUCGCCUUAAUGAACAGAUGUCCUUUAGUUAAGGUAAAGGUGACUAACGUUUGUUUAAGAGUUGGUACUCGUAUGUUUGCACAUUUGAACUUUGAACCUUGCUCUGUUUGUUGAAUGUGCUACUUUAUAUCUUUUAUAGUGCUUUUCUGACAUGUGACUCAUAGUUGGCUACAUGCCAUUUUAAUGGACCAAAUGUCUAAGACGAACAAACUUUAGUAAUUCACUUGAUGACGGAGUCGGUGCUCCACUACGUAGAUGUAAGCAUCGGUGUCGAGAAGAGUCCCCGUCAUGUUUGUAAACACUAGAAACUGAUGAUGAAUUCUUUGAGUGGAUGGAGGUCAAAGGGAUAUUGAUUAUUGCUGAAUUGCUCAUUGCAAAAGCAGUGCAGCUUCCUGUGUUCUGCUGGCAUGUUCGCAGAUGGCACGUGACGGUUCGGGUCCAGAGCAGUGUUCAUUCCGACGCGGUGCACUAGUCCUACGAUGCUUGCUUGAUGGUUAUGAUCUAUGGAAAUGUCACCCUAAUGUAUUUACAGCGUAGCAAAAGGAAGAGGUUGCGCGUGUGUGUUUCUCCCCAAGUGAAAAGAGAAAGGGAUCCGGUUGCCAGCUGUGUUGCGAGCGGUGCUCUGGGAUUUUGUUUGACGCGUCAACCACACCCUUUGUCUGCAGGGUGAUGCUGUCAAGCUGGCAAAGGAGGUGUGUAGGACAUGUAGAACUUCUGGUUCCAGCUAUUGGCUUUUGCCUGCAGCAGUAACAGAAGUGAUGAGGCCCGUGUAACUUUGUUUCCAAGAGAAUAAGGUGAAGACCUUAGAGUAGCUGAGACGGUGGGAAGAGUACAAAUUUGUGGAAAAAUUCUAAAAAAUGUUGAUUAGUCAGUGGGUGCAUAAAACUCCUAAUUUCCACUUGGAAGCAGGAUAUGUUUACCCACUGAAGAAAUAAAAGUUGUCAUUUUUAAGGGAUCUUGAAGGAAGAAAUACAUUUUUUAAAAUCACUAUUAAAGCUUACACUACACAUUUGCUGUUAGUAGGUAGCUCGUAUGCUGAAAUUACUCUAAUAUUCCGGACUGGCUUUUAAGGUACCUACCUUCAUCCAUUCAAGAAGUUAUUAAAUGUUGUUUUCUUUAACUACUGAACACUUUGAAUCUGUUGUAUCUACCUUUAAGAUACUGGUAGGGAAUUGGAUGAUGUACUGAUUUAUGAAUAUGUUUAGCUAAUUCAACUUUGUGCAAUUCUUGAUUACUGGAUAUUUUGGGCCGGAUGAAAACACUCAGCUUCUACACUACACGAUGAUAUAUUUUCCAUAUCGAAUAUGAUUGGGAUUGUUAUCCACAUGAUGCAAACAUGAUUUUGAGAAUGUAUGAAUGAAUUUCAACUUUUUUUUUUUUGUUUGUUUCAUAAUGUCAGUAUUGGGACAGUAAAAUGGAAUGCAAUCAAUUUCUGUGUUUUUUAGAUUUCAGUGUGUGAUUAUCUUGCUUGAGUUUAUGGAGUUUGUUUUGUUUUGUCCCUGUACACCAUUUAGAGGCUGCUGUGCCUUCAUGUGUUUAAUAAUCACUUCUUUUUUAAAUUCAAGCGUUUGUGUUUCUCAGACACGGUUAAAAUGAUCACCAGUGGUGGUCAGACCUGAGGUCAGAUUAGAUUCCUUUAUUAAAAAGCAACAAAAAAAAAAAAACCAAUCUUAUGCAUUUUCCAUGUUUUAUAGGAACGGCACUUUUCCUUCAAUUCCAUACAUGUUUGGAAUUUUGGUGUGUGUGUGUGUGUUUGUCUGAGCAGUUCCAUCCAGAAAACAUGUUCAGGAAGAACCCAAACUUUGGGCACAUGGCGAGCAUGAGACUGUGAGGCAUGCAGAAGCUGUAGUCUGCUCGCCAGCAGUCAGUACUGCUACUGAGCUUGAUUUUGGGGAUAUUACCAGUGUCCUGGUUUGUGUGCUUGUUAUACCUCAAGUUGAACUCUGUACUGUUUGAUUAAUGCAUGUGUUAAUCUCCAAUAAAACAUACCACAUUGACCUUUCAUCAAA